AUGCCGAAGGCACCCAGAAAGCAAUCUAAGACCUACAAGGUCCCCCGGCGUCCUUUCGAGUCCGCUCGUCUGGACAGUGAGCUCAAGCUCGCCGGAGAGUAUGGUCUCCGUAACAAGAGGGAGAUCUGGCGUAUUUCGCUCACUCUCUCCAAGAUCAGGCGAGCUGCUCGUGAGCUGCUCAAGCUCGACGACAAGGACCCUAAGCGUCUCUUCGAGGGCAAUGCCAUCAUUCGCCGUCUCGUGCGCAUUGGUGUGCUUGACGAGACCCGCAUGAGGCUUGAUUACGUACUGGCCCUCAAGAUUGAGGACUUCCUCGAGCGCCGUCUGCAGACUCAGGUCUUCAAGAGCGGCCUGGCCAAGAGCAUUCACCACGCCCGCGUCCUUAUCCGCCAGCGUCACAUUCGUGUCGGCAAGCAGAUUGUCAACGUCCCGUCCUUUGUCGUCCGUCUCGACUCGCAGAAGCACAUUGACUUUGCCCUGACGUCGCCAUACGGCGGUGGACGGGAGGGCCGUGUCAAGAGGAAGCGCGCGAAGGCCGCCGCUGGCGGUGACGGCGAGGAGGGUGGCGAGGAGGAAGAGUAA